AAAUGUAACAAGUCAAAAGUCACACAUAUACGAAGAGUUCCAAGAAACCAGAAAAUUAGCUCUCAUUUACAACCGCUAUUCUCAUUGCUUAAUACAUCUUUUGCUAUCCUAGUUUGACCAACUUGUUGGCCUUGGAGAUGGAUUAUCGCUAUGUUCUGGGAGGAAUUAUGUGUUGUAGUAUGACUUUUGUGUUUGUUGUGUUCAGUUUUGGAGCAAAGAAGAAAGGCCAAGGUUCAAGUUCAAUACAUGUAAAAGGCAAUGGGUAUGCAAAGACAUCAGAGAAUGGAACAUGUCCACAAGAGGGUGCAGAAAGUGCUGAAAUCAUCAUUGUGGGUGCUGGUGUUGCUGGUGCAGCUCUUGCUUACACACUUGGGAAGGAUGGACGGAGAGUGCAUGUGAUUGAAAGGGACUUGAGUGAACCUGACAGGAUCGUGGGUGAAUUGCUACAACCUGGAGGGUAUCUCAAGUUAAUUGAGUUGGGUCUUGAGGAUUGUGUGGAUGAGAUUGAUGCUCAGCAAGUAUUGGGUUAUGCUCUUUACAAGGAUGGCAAGAAUACAAAGCUGUCUUAUCCAUUGGAAAAAUUUAACUCUGAUGUUUCUGGGAGAAGCUUUCAUAAUGGCCGUUUCAUACAGAGAAUGCGAGAAAAGGCUGCAUCUCUUCCAAAUGUAAAAUUGGAACAAGGAACCGUCACAUCUCUACUUGAAGAAAACGGGACCAUCACAGGUGUGCACUUCAAAACCAAAGGUGGACCAGAGUUCACAGCAAAGGCUCCCCUUACCAUAGUAUGUGACGGUUGUUUUUCCAAUUUGAGGCGUUCUCUUUGCAAUCCUAAGGUUGAAGUACCCUCUCAUUUUGUUGGUCUAGUCUUGGAGAAUUGUACUCUUCCAUAUGCAAAUCAUGGACACGUCAUCUUAGGUGAUCCUUCACCUAUUUUGUUUUAUCCCAUCAGUAGCACUGAGAUUCGCUGUUUGGUUGAUGUUCCUGGCCAAAAGUUACCUUCCCUUGCUAAUGGUGAAAUGGCCUGUUAUUUGAAAACUGUGGUUGCUCCUCAGGUUCCUCCAGAGUUGUAUACUUCUUUUAUAGCAGCUGUUCACAAAGGAAACAUAAGAACCAUGCCAAAUAGAAGUAUGCCUGCAUCCCCUUAUCCCACACCUGGGGCCCUUCUGAUGGGUGAUGCAUUCAAUAUGCGACACCCUUUAACAGGAGGAGGAAUGACUGUGGCUUUAUCUGAUAUUGUUGUGCUAAGGGAUCUACUUAAACCUCUACAUGAUCUGCGUGAUGCUUCUGCUCUUUGCAGAUACCUUGAAUCAUUCCACACCCUACGCAAGCCAGUGGCAUCUACAAUAAACACAUUAGCCGGUGCAUUGUACAAAGUGUUUUGUGCAUCUCCUGAUCCAGCUAGAAAGGAAAUGCGCCAAGCAUGUUUUGAUUAUUUGAGCCUUGGAGGUGUUUUCUCAAAUGGACCAAUAGCGCUACUCUCUGGUCUGAAUCCUCGUCCAUUGAGCUUGGUUCUCCACUUCUUUGCGGUGGCUAUAUAUGGUGUUGGCCGCUUGCUUAUACCCUUCCCUUCUCCAAAUCGGAUGUGGCUCGGAGCUAGAUUGAUUUCAGGUGCAUCAGGUAUCAUAUUCCCCAUUAUUAGGGCUGAAGGAGUAAGACAAAUGUUCUUCCCAGCAACUGUGCCAGCCUACUACAGAACACCUCCUCUUUAUUUACAUUCAUGAAGUAAAAUUAAGACAUGGAAUAUAUAAUUUCCGACAUUCUUUGUUCCUUUAGUAUUUCACUAUUUGCGAAAAAGAACAAGAGGAGGACCAUAUUUUGU